UUUGACGAAAAAGUGCGAAAGGAUAUCCCGGUUCGACCGGAAAUCUUUAUUUGGCGUUACUGCUGAAAGAUAUGGCUGCAUACACUGUAUUAGCCUGUAACUCGCCGUUUACGUUUGACAUAAGCUUAAUUCUUCGACCAACGUUUUGAAUUGUAUGAUAACAAGCAAGUUAUAUCGUUCUGUAGACACAAAAAAAUCGUUAACAUGUUAAACGACUUUCUGAGUUUUGUAAAUCACGUUAGCUACCAAGCUAUACAAAGGAGAAACCAGUUACCAGCUACUAGCCUAAGCUAGUACUAGGUGGCUAGCUAGUUUAGCUCCUUACGAAGUGUUUUAUUGUUAUUUGUUACCAGCUAGAUAAAAAAAACCAUAACUGGAUACAUUUGCUGGUGUUACAAAGAAAAAGCGUCUAUCGAGCCUCAAUGCCCGAACAAGGCCCAAGGAUGAAUGGUUUUUCCCUCGGCGAACUAUGCUGGCUAUUCUGUUGCCCGCCCUGUCCCAGUCGCAUCGCAUCCAAACUAGCCUUUCUCCCUCCCGAACCCACGUACUCCGUACAYACCGAUGCUAACGGGACGAGUAGCCUGCAUCUAUCCGAGCGAGCAGACUGGCAGUACUCCCAACGCGAACUGGACGCUGUCGAGGUGUUCAACACCAGAACCAGUCGGGGAAACCGGCUGGGUUGCAUGUUUGUACGAUGCGCACCCAACAGCCGGUACACGUUGCUCUUUUCCCACGGUAACGCAGUGGACUUAGGCCAAAUGUGCAGUUUCUACAUCGGCCUCGGUUCGAGGAUAAACUGCAACGUCUUCUCGUAUGAUUAUUCGGGCUACGGUGUCAGCAGCGGGAAACCGUCAGAAAAGAACCUGUAUGCGGACAUCGAGGCUGCCUGGCAGGUGCUAAGGAACAAGUGA